AUGCAUUUGGGGGUUGAAACAACUGAUGGAAUCUAUAAGUUUGUUUUAAGUGUUGUGUAUGCCUAUAAUGAUGAACCGGGAAGGAAAGAUCUGUGGACAGAGUUAAGGCAGGUUGCUCAAAAUGACCCUUGGUUAGUCAUGGGAGAUUGUAAUGAUAUCCUUGCCAAGGAAGAAAGAAUUGGGAAUAGAGUUAAAUAUCGUCCCUCUCAGGACUUUAUUGAUUGUGUUUCCAAUUGCUUUCUUGAGGAUGUCAAAUCUUGUGGCAACUUUUAUACUUGGAGCAAUAAGCAACAAGGAGAUGAUAGAAUUUUUUCGAAAAUUGAUAGGGCCAUGGCCAAUCUGAGUUGGAUGGAUAUGUUUCCUAAUGCUGAGGUGAAUUUUAUAAAUGAAGAGAUGAUGGAUCACACACCAGCUGUCAUGACAUUCUAUGAUAUGGCUCCUAGUGGUAAGAAACCAUUUCGAUAUUUCAAAAUGUGGAGCACUCAUCCGGACUUCAGCACAGCAGUAGCAACCUCCUGGAAUCAACAAACUUAG